UGCCAUCUGUCCUAAAAGCGAGAGUUCAAGGAGCAUAGGUAAUACCCCCCCUCUCUUUUAUUCAUCGCUUGUCGAAAUGCCUUCUCAAAAGUCAUUCAUCACCAAGGUUAAGCUCGGCAAGGCCAAGAAGCAAAACCGUCCUUUGCCUCACUGGUUCCGUCUCAAGACUGACACCAAGAUUCGUUGGAAUGCCAAGAGACGUAACUGGCGUCACACCAAGUUGAACAUUUAAUUAGUUCAAUAAACAAAGACAUGGAUGACACAAAACAAUUAUAAAAAAAGCGCAACUCAAGUAUUGUCAGUUUUUUCUCGACUAAUAAACAGUUCUAUAUGUUGCAGCAAUUUUAUUGAUUUUUGGGCAGAUUGAGCACUAGAAUAGGGAAAGGGAAAGUAUGUAUAUUUAGGAGUGAAUUUAUGUGUGUGUAUGCGUGUGUACAUGAGAGAGAGAGUGAUGAAAAGGGAAAAGCGUGAUCUAACGUGUUCCCUUAUUUUCUCUUUUUUACUCCUUAUUUGAAAG